CGGGGCUGGGGCUUGGGCGCGUGGCAGCGGCGGAGGCGGCGAUGGCGAUGCCGGGGCUGCUGGCGUGGCUGCUGGGCGGGCUGCUGGCGGCGGCGGCCGAGGCUUCUUCUCCCUCCUCCUCCUCCUCCUCCUCUUCCUCUUCCCCGGGCUCGGCGGCUGCAGCAGCGCAGGUGGAGGUGACGCUGCCCGGCCGGGGCUGCUGCUGCACCUUGCAAGGCGCGUUGCUGGGCCGGCCCGGCUUGGAGCUGCAGGCGGCGGCCGCCGUGCGGGGCAGCCUGGUGCUGGUGAAUGACACUGAGCCCAGGUUGGAGGAUGACGACACCUGGAUUGGCGUGGUUCCUGUGGAGGAGGAACAAACAGAGACUCCCAAGGGCCACAAAGAGGAGUCUUUUGCCAGCACUGUGGUCGACAAGAUGAAACGGGCCCUUGUCUUGGGGGCUUCGGCCCUGCUCAUCCUUGCCCUGAACCAGAACAGAAUCCGAGAGCUGGACGUCUCCCAAGUCGUUUCGAAGCCCGUGGUGAUAGUCCAGACUUCAGAAAACGUGACCAAACUCCUUGGGGCGCUGCUGCGAGGUCUUCGGGCCACAGCGAAGAUCACAUACCAAGCAGGGCUGCUGGAGAACAUGGGGGUGACCCUGACCCUGUGGUCGACCUGUGGCCUCUCCCGGGGUGGCAUUUAUGCCGAGUGGCAGGGCGUCAUCUGUACGGGCGAAAACAGCUCAAAGGUCCAGAAAUACCUCCAGCAGCUGUGGAACGCCAUCCUGCUCAUCGCGUUGAUCCUUUGCACAGGUGUGAUUGUGCAGGCACAACGACAGUCCCGGCAUAGUCAGUUGGACCAAGAAUCUGAGCUGGAUCUCAAGCAACACAUUACCCAGAAGCUGCUGGCUUUGAAAACCCGGCGUUACCAUCCUGGCAGGGCACCCCACAGCUGGGCGCACGAGAUUGACAGCUGUGCCAUCUGCCUGGACCAGUUUCAGAAGAAUCAGUGUCUCCGGGUGCUGCCCUGCCUGCAUGAAUUUCACCGGGAUUGCGUAGACCCCUGGCUACUCCUGCAACAGACUUGCCCGCUCUGUAAACACAACGUUCUCGGAAACUGUUGCUGAGACAGGUAGCAAAACCUGCCCUUCAUACACUCCGAGGGAAGAGGCUGGCUUUCUGAGAAGCCAUUCUCUAGAAAAUAAAUGUUUUUCUCCAGCUUGGCUGCUUUUUAAGAGGCAUUGACUUCGACUCCCAGAAUUCCCCC